AUGGCAGACCUCCAGCACUCGACUACGUGCGAGGAUGGGAGCUCUACCAAGUCCAUUACACAUCAUGUUGCAGGUCAGGAACGAAAGUUCUCUCGCUCUCCCCAUCCAUACCACAGACGGGGUACAAGCCUUCUCAGUGUACAGAACGGAGAUGAUGAGCAUCCACAACCAAGCGACAAAGGCAAUGAGCUUCUAAGUGGCAUUUCUUCGAGUGAGAGCGGUACUGAAGCGGACGAUGAGCGCGGCCGAUUUCUCAAAGGUCUUCCUGCGCCAGUGUUGAGGUCUCACAAAGGUCUACGUGAUACACCUUUUGAAGACUCAACAGCACAGCCCACUCCCUCAGCUACUCCACCUGCUGUAGAAAACAUUGCACGGAAGCUCGUUCCGCAGGUGAGGAGCAAGCAGUACACAUGGAUAGUUGAUGAGGGGACAACAGAACAGAUAAUCCGGGAGAAGUAUACAAAGAGGAGGCGCUCCGAAGUAGUGCGAAGAACUACAGAGAUAGUACUAUUCUUUUUGGUCGGCCUCGUCGCAAGCUAUGGUCACUUGUCAGAGGAUGCAUUGCUGGCUUGUGGUUCGGCAAUCGCUUGUCAAUUCGCUCUUGUUACUUCUCUCUACCUGCUAUAUCCUGUCCGCGCGGCAUUUCAGGCAAGGCAAGCAGGUCACAGUGUCAACUCGUCUAUCAGCCGGGCUUUUCACAUUCCGUCAAGGUUCGAUCCUGCGCCGCUACUCUACCCGGUCUUCCUACCACUCGUGGUGUCCAUAUCGCUUAUAUCAGCAUCGCGGAGUUUUGUGUUGCCGAAUGUUAUUCUUGGGAUUUCCUCCUUGUCCCCACGGGCUAUACCUACUGCCAUAUAUCCUGCAGGUCUUGAUACCUUUCAUUGGCUCCUGACAAUGGUGCCCCUCAUCUUUGUAAAUGUGCCAGUGCACCCUUCUCUUGAAAAUAUGACUCUGCUUUACCCGCUGCACGUUUGCACCAAUCGGACCGUAGAAUUUCUGACUACCACAAGCCUCGACCCUACUGAGCGGCAUCUCCUGGUUGCGGCUCUGGUUGAUCUGUAUCUCUUUGCCGAGUCCGCUCAAUCCGAGAUACUGAAGGCCCUGCUUUGGCUUGGGCCUAUGCUGCUUUUCGUCGCCUGUCUCAAACCACUUCAGUGGGAAUUAGCUUUGGCAAGAAUUCCAUCUUGGCGUCUCCGGAAGAGCAAUCGGCGACCUCAUUCGAGCAAGUCACUAUUACAUACAAUGGACAGAACAAUUUGCGCUCAGUUCGUAAGGCUGGUGGCAAGGGACAAGUCUAGGCAGUCGAUUGAUAGUGAUGACGAUGGUGACAUUAAACCAACUGUGAAGAAGGGCAAAGCUGCUCCAAAGUUGUCGAUUACCACAAGUGGACUCCUCAAGCACCCAAUGUCCGGUUUCAUUGACCACAUCAGCGCCUCAGCCGUGCAGGAAGAUGAGCAAUCUCGCCGAUCAGAGUCGGUUGGUGACAGUUUAAUUGAUCACGACUUCACUCCUCGAAGACGACACACUAUGCCGGCAGGUGGAACGAAUUCCGUACAGAAAUACAGAACUACAUCAAGUGGUCGGCCCAAACGCUCCGUAACCAUUGGCUCACAGUCGUUCCUCACCUUGACGCCAGCACAAGCGGCUACUCGCAAGUGGGCAUAUGCUGCGUUUGUCUACACAGCAGUGCUUUUCAUCGUACUCGGCCCAAUCCGUACUUACGUCAGUUUCUUUGCUCUGGAAGGGUAUGAGCCAUUCGGCUGGGCUCUUGGUUACCUGCUUGGCAACAACUCUCGAUUUCGAUUCUGGGUUUCGUCAAGAUGUCUAGACACGUGGAUUCGGUUACCCCAUUUGUCGAGUCAUCACUCUCCUGCUCCAAUGGGCUGGAUGGAACGGCUGAGGCAGAUCACUCUGGGGCCGGCCAAUAUGCGCAUUAUCCUUUGUGUUUACUGUAUCCUUGUCCUUGUUGCUGGCAUGGCUACCGUGCUCGAGCUCAGCUCUAUAGCAGAAGUGGACACACGACGCAAGGUGUUUCACGGUGUCAUGGUUGUCAUGCUUCUACCCACUAUUUUUAUAGACCCUUGUUUCAUCGCUCUGGCUCUUAUACUGAUUCUCGCCAUCUUCUUGCUGCUGGAUCUGUUCCGAGCGUCUCAGUUACCGCCAAUAUCCAAGCCUCUCACCGCAUUCUUGGCACCGUAUGUGGAUGGCAGAGAUUAUCGCGGACCCGUUAUUGUGUCGCACAUCUUUCUUCUCAUCGGCUGCGCCAUUCCUCUCUGGCUGUCUCUGGCGGCCGUUCCUAGAAGUGGAGAAUAUCCUUGGCGUGGAUGGGAUGUCAGUGCGAGAGAUGUUAGCAUGAUUAGCGGCAUUGUUUGUGUUGGUAUGGGAGAUGCUGCUGCAUCCCUCAUUGGCAGGCGCUAUGGUCGCCACAAAUGGUACUGGGGUGGUGGAAAAAGUCUUGAGGGCAGCCUGGCGUUUGCGGCCGCGGUGACUGUGGGCCUGGUUACCGCUUAUACAUGGCUGAGAGUUGGAGGAUGGGUAGUUUAUGACUGGCGGCCUUCUGUCCUUGUGCUGGGGAAGGCUUGUUUGGCAGCCACGGGGGCUAGCUUGACAGAAGCCGUUCUCACCGGUGCAAACGACAACGUGGUCGUUCCGGUUGUGCUGUGGCUACUGGUCAGAGGGCUUAGACUCUAG